CUGCAGUCCUCCGCUGUGGGAAGAAUCCACAUCAUCCACCGAAAAACAACUACACAAGGAAGAGAAACGUGACCAGUUACGUAACGUGUCAAGCAGGAAAUUUGCCUCGGAGGUUGCUGCUGGGCGUCUGGAAACAGCGACUCGUAUGUUUUGGUUCAGGCUGCUUUAUUGUUCAAACGACGACAACACAGCUGACGACUAAAAAUAGUCCCGGCACAGGUGGAGCUUUGUGAGAAGCAAACCCUAACCAUGGCGGCAGUGCAUCAUCCAGGCUACCCAUUCAGGGACUCACUGUACUGGGAUGAAACUGAGUGCCUACACUACUAUGGGAUGUUGUCUCUCCAUGAAGUCUUUGAAGUAGUUGGUUCUCAGCUGACAGACACUGACAUUGAAGUGCUGUCGUUCCUUCUGAAUGAGACCUGCUCGGCGCCACACCCUCUUGAUCCAGCAGGCUGGAUAGCUGAGCCCUGUGAGGACGAUCCAGAUGACUCAGGUGUGUCCCCGAGUCCAGAGCUACUAAAGGCAUGGAAGCGGUUAAAGCCUCAGGGAUCCCAGCGACCCUUAAUGGACUCCAAGCCCAAGAGUGGCCUUGAGCUGUUGCUAGAGCUUGAGAAGCACGGAUACCUUAGCGAAGGCAACCUGGAGCCACUACUGCAACUACUUAGAGUUCUUACCCGUCAUGAUCUGCUGCCUUUAGUGUCCCACAAGAAAAGGAGGACAGUGUCCCCAGAGAGACUUGGACAAAGAUUUUCAGUAGCGAGUAGAAGGCUGGUGUGUGCCUCUGGAAUGCGACACAGCUGCAGACAGACAGAAGUACCUCUUUCAUCUUUCACACAGCAGUUGAGAACUGGUGUUUACCCCCCAAUGGCUGGGCCAUCUGUUAGGAGGCGGAGGAAGAAGAAAGGAAAUGGCUGGAGCCGCAGGCCCAAGAAAACAAGUAGACAGAGCCAGUCAGUGCCUCCAACACCGGCGCUGCAGAAAGUGUCCUGCAACAUCCGCCUACGUGUCCGGGCUGAAUACCUGGAGCAUGAGUCGGCGCUCCGGGAUGGUGUCUCCUCGGACAAGCGGCAGCCACUGGAGAGGCAGUUUGAGUUGUUUAGUCAAGCCAACUCACUGCUGCGCGCACGAGACUUGGGUUCCAUCGUCUGCGACAUCAAGUUUACAGAACUGGACAACCUGGAGGCCUUCUGGGGCGACUACCUGAGCGGAGCUCUGUUGGAGGCUCUGAAGGGAGUCUUCAUUACUGACUCUCUGAGGAUGGCAGCGGGCACAGAGGGUGUCCGCCUGCUGAUCAGUGUGGACCAAGACGACUACGAGGAGGGCCGAAGGCUGCUGAGAGCAAGACAAAUGCUGUCAUCCAGUAAUGGUGCGACUGUUUAAGACGCCACGAUGAAACAGGAUACACGAAGAUUGUUCCUCUUAGUCUCAGUGAGAACAGGAGCGAGCAAGCUUGUGACGUGAGAUCAAGUGGUAAGCCUCUAAUGACACUAUCAGUCUUUAAAUAAACAAGUUAAGGCAACUGGGCUGCCACUGAAGAUAGGAAACGCUACAUAUUGAUGUCACCAACCAUCAACAGACUCACUGAUACAGCCUUUUUACAAGCCGCAGUCAUGCAAAAUUCCUUAUUAAACAUUUCUUGAGCAUUUUUCUGAAAUUAUUAACGGAAACAUUUAAACAUUAUCCUUGAAGUUCUCAAAACCACUAAAACCAAUAAAUCAUACUUCACUGGUGGUCAUUUAGUUUUGAUUGAAAUGUUGGCACUUUAGAAAUAAUGUUAAUUUUAUUUGCCAAAACUAAUGAGACGGACAAAAUAAGCUGCCAAGAAAAGUUUCUGCUCAUCAAAAAAUGUUUAAAUAAGGACAGAAGGAAGAGUGAGCUGUUCUCACUACAGAUUGACCUUUGUGUCUAACUUCGGAGAGCGCAGAGCGCACAUAUACAGCUAGAUAACAAACACUGGAAUUCCAGCCCUGUGUGCCACGAUAACCCAACUUGUGAUUGCUGUGGUCAGUGGAUAUGGCAGUUGCCAGUAGAUGACAGCAGUGAUUAGGGUUAGGUCUCAGCAGACCAUGGAAGAUUCAUCAUCACAAGCUUGUCAACAGAAACCCGGAUAAUGCAAUGGUGGCUUGUGCCUGGACUUCCAGCUAGGCCUCAGCAAGUGCUUCUCUCAGCAAGUAAAGCACAGGACAGUGCGUCGGUCAAUAGAAGUGAUGUUGGGGAGAUCAAAAUCAAAGGUGCACAUCCCGGCUCCACUCAGCCCUGCUAUGUAGGCCCAGUAGAGUGGCUCACGGACAGCUGUCUACUCGCCCUGCUGGAACUAAUGCCUGGACUUCACUCAUAGAAGACGAUCAAUAAGGCCCCUCACUCUAAGUCCCUUCAUACAGGCACGACUUAGGCAGGCAGACAGUGUCUGAAGUGCAGGUCUCUGCAGGGCUGGGCAGAGAGAGUAACAAUGGACAGAUUUCCAUGUUUACUUUUGUGGGGUUUUGGUCAAGGAGUUUAUUAAUGUAUAUUUGUAUUGUUCACUUCAUUGUAACUGAUUCAGGGGAAAAUUUUUGUUAAAUGAAAAUUUGCUUUUGAUAAGGCAAUUCUUUUUGUGGAAAUCUUUAUACAUUCGAAAUGAUUUCUGCUGAAUAAAUAAAGAUUUUGAUUGCCUAAA